AGGCACGCAAGGAAUUUUGACGAAAAAUCCUUCACCUUUCCCUCUGUAGCCAUUUCACUCUCUCUCUCGCUCUCUCUCUCCAAUUUUCAAAUUUCAAUUUCUCAAACCCUAGAGAGCACACUCACAAACCCUAACGAAAACACAACCAUAUCAUGGAAUACAAUCCAGAAUUGCUCUCUCAAUGUUUCCUCCACACACUCUCUCCACAACCCGAGCCUCGCCGUGCCGCCGAAUCCAAACUUGCCGAACUCGCCGACCACCCUAACUACGCCCUCGCCGUCCUCCGCCUCGUAGCUGAACCCUCUAUCAAUGAACAGAUCCGCCACGCCGCCGCUGUUAACUUCAAAAACCACCUCCGCUCCCGGUGGGCUCCAUCUCCUGAUUCCUCCUUCACUCCGAUCCUCGACGCGGAAAAGGACCAAAUCAAAACCCUGAUUGUCACUCUCAUGCUCUCCUCUACUCCUCGAAUCCAAUCUCAGCUCAGCGAAUCGCUCUCUCUUAUUGGAAAACACGAUUUCCCUAAAUCCUGGCCCACUUUGCUGCCUGAGCUCGUGUCAAAUCUCCGAGCCGCUUCGCAGUCGAACGAUUAUGCUUCAAUUAAUGGUAUUCUCGGUACUGCUAAUUCCAUUUUUAAGAAGUUUCGUUAUCAGUAUAAAACUAAUGAUCUCUUACUUGAUUUAAAGUAUUGUUUGGAUAAUUUCUCCGCUCCAUUACUAGAGAUGUUCCUUAGAACAGCGGCUUUGAUUGAUUCCAUGGUUAGUUCAGGUGGUGGGUCACCUGUUACUCUAAAGCCUUUGUUUGAGUCACAGAGAUUGUGUUGUAGAAUAUUUUUUUCAUUGAAUUUUCAGGAGUUGCCCGAGUUUUUUGAGGAUCAUAUGAAAGAGUGGAUGGCUGAAUUUAAGAAAUAUUUAACAAAUGGCUAUCCUGUGCUAGAGAGUACUGCGGAAGGAUUAGGUCUUGUUGAUGAGCUUAGGGCUGCAGUAUGUGAGAAUAUUAGUCUUUAUAUGGAGAAAAAUGAGGAGGAGUUUAAGGAUUAUUUGAAUGAUUUUGCACAAGCUGUUUGGACUUUGUUAGGGAAUGUGUCCCAGUCCUCAAGUCGUGAUAGUUUAGCUGUUACUGCAAUUAAGUUUUUGACUACUGUGAGUACUAGUGUUCAUCAUACUUUGUUUGCGGUUGACGGGGUUAUACCACAGAUUUGCCAAAGUAUCGUGAUUCCUAAUGUGAGGUUGAGGGAUGAGGACGAGGAACUUUUUGAGAUGAAUUAUAUUGAGUUUAUUAGGAGGGAUAUGGAAGGGAGUGAUAUAGAUACUAGGAGAAGGAUUGCCUGUGAGUUACUUAAAGGGAUUGCAACAAAUUAUAAGCAGCAGGUGAUCAGUAUAGUUUCUGUUCAGAUUCAGAAUUUGUUGACUUCGUAUGCUGCAAACCCAGCCGCACACUGGAAGGACAAGGAUUGUGCGAUAUAUUUGGUCGUAUCCCUUUCAACUAAGAAGGCCGGUGGUACUACUGUUUCAACUGAUCUUGUUGAUGUUCAGAGCUUUUUUGCAUCGGUAAUAGUGCCUGAGUUGCAGAGUCAGGAUGUAAAUGCCUUUCCAAUGCUCAAGGCUGGUGCUCUUAAAUUCUUUACAAUGUUUAGGAAUCAGAUACCAAAGCCUCUUGUACUUCAGUUGUUUCCGUAUUUGAUUCAAUUCCUAGGUGCAGAGUCAAACGUUGUUCAUUCAUAUGCUGCAAGCUGUAUAGAAAAACUCUUGUUGGUCAAGGAUGAAGGGGGAAGAUCAAGGUAUACUUCAACAGAUGUAGCUCCAAAUCUUCUAGUGCUGAUGAACAACCUUUUUACUGCCUUAAGGUUUCCGGAGUCAGAGGAGAAUCAAUACAUAAUGAAGAGUAUCAUGCGGGUUCUAGGGGUCGCAGAAAUAACUCCUGAGAUUGCUGGACCUUGCAUUGCUGGAUUGACUUCUAUUCUGGCUGAAGUUUGCAAGAAUCCAAAGAAUCCAAUUUUCAAUCACUAUCUCUUUGAAUCAGUGGCUGUUCUUGUAAGGAGGGCAUGUGAAAGAGACAUCUCUCUCAUACCAUCUUUUGAAACAAGCCUGUUUCCUAGACUCCAGGAGAUCUUGGGAAAUGAUGUAACUGAGUUUUUGCCUUAUGCAUUCCAGCUAUUGGCUCAACUUGUUGAGUUGAAUAGACCGCCCAUCUCAGACACCUACAUGGAAAUUUUUAAACUUCUCCUGUCUCCUGAUUCAUGGAAUAGAAACUCAAAUGUCCCAGCCCUUGUCCGUCUCCUUCAGGCUUUCCUUGAGAAAGCACCUGAGAAGGUCACCCAAGAGGGGAGACUAGCUCAGGUGCUUGGCAUAUUUAACAGGCUUGUGUCAGCCCCGAGCACUGAUGAACAAGGCUUCUAUGUGCUGAACACUUUUAUUGAGAAUCUUGACUAUGUAGCCAUUGCUCCCUAUGUUGGUCACAUCUGGAAUGCCCUAUUUUCUCGCUUGCAAAGUAAACGCACAGUAAAGUUUAUCAAGUCUCUUUCAAUUUUCAUGUCACUCUUUGUGGUCAAGCAUGGCUCUGCAAACCUUGUGGACUCUAUGAAUGCGGUGCAAGCUGGUAUAUUUUUGGUGAUUUUGGAGCAGUUCUUGAUACCAAAUCUCAAGCUGGUCACUGGGCACAUUGAGGUCAAGUUAGUAUCAGUUGCCUCAAUCCGACUUAUCUGUGAAUCUCCUGCCCUUUUGGAUGCUGGGGCUGUUAGACACUGGGGGAAAAUGCUGGACAGCAUUGUAACUCUCCUUUCACGAACAGAGGAGGAUAGAGUUGGAGAUGAACCGGAAAUGCCAGAUAUUGCUGAAAAUGCAGGUUAUACUGUUUCAUUUGUGAAUCUGCACAAUGCUGGAAAGAAGGAGGAGGAUCCUUUGAAGGACAUAAAAGAUCCCAAGGAAUUCUUGGCUACUUCAUUAGCUAAGCUUUCUGCCCUUUCCCCUGCGAGGUUUCCCCAGAUCAUCAAUGAAAAUCUUGAUCCAGCAAAUCAAGCAGUAUUGCUCCAGAUUUGCAGCACGUACAACUGUCCGAUUGCUUGAUUAAUCUCUACCUGUGUGGUCCUGCCAGAGAGAAGCCUACUGAAAGUCAACAAGUUUCUAGGGUGUAACUGCAUCUGCUUUGGUUUCUCAGUAUUAUCAUGUGGGAGUUGAGGUCUAUCAUGUGGUCGGAUUUUCAACAAGGGGUUUCAUUGCAUUUAUGAGCAGGUGGUACCUUUUGCAUUGUGGUCGACUGGUUUUGUCAAGUAAUAAUCUUGUUUGCAACUUCCCAUGAUAUAUGCAGUAAUGACUUGAUUGUGUGGCCACAGCCUGGUAGCGAUUUUCCUAAACAGUUAAUGAUAGUUCCACAAUGUGGUUUAUCGAAUCUGGUUUGACAAACCUCCUUCCAGGCUUUGUUGUGAAGAGUUUUUUGAGUCUUGUUCGACUGCAUUUGUGAUCAAAAUGUAGUUUCUGUGUACUUGCAUGCACUGUUGUCAUUGGGCCCAUGAAAGGAAAAAAAGUAGUUUUUGAUGGUAUUAGGUCAGUCAGUUAAUGUGAAGGUGAAUUUUGGUUGAUUUGCUGUUGCAAGUCUUCGUAACCACUACUAGCAUGUUCCUGUGGUAAAUUUGAUUUUCCAUUUUGUCAUGUAAAAUGACGAUGUUCCGAAUAGAGGUGAAGCACGCAUGAUUUGGCAAGAAUUUAUUUGA